AGCGGCAGCGGCUGCUCCGGGUUACGGCCUAGGCCUAGGCGAAGCCUCGGGCUCGAGUGCGGCGAGGCGCGGGCGGAAGGCGCGGCCCGGGCGGCAGGAUGAGCGUGGAGGCGUACGGCCCCAGCUCGCAGACGCUCACCUUCUUGGACACUGAGGAGGCCGAGCUGCUCGGCGCUGACACCCAGGGCUCGGAGUUCGAGUUCACCGACUUCACCCUCCCCAGCCAGACGCAGACACCCCCCGGCGGCCCCGGCGGCGCGGGAGGCCCUAGCGGAGCGGUCGCAGGCGGCGCGGUCGGCCAGCUCGACGCGCAAGUUGGACCAGAGGGCAUCUUGCAAAAUGGGGCUGUGGAUGACAGCGUGGCCAAGACCAGCCAGCUGCUGGCUGAGCUGAACUUCGAGGAAGAUGAAGAGGACACAUACUACACCAAGGACCUCCCAGUGCAUGCCUGCAGUUACUGUGGAAUCCAUGAUCCUGCCUGCGUGGUUUACUGCAAUACCAGCAAGAAGUGGUUCUGCAACGGCCGAGGAAAUACUUCUGGCAGCCACAUUGUGAAUCACCUCGUGAGGGCAAAAUGCAAGGAAGUGACACUGCACAAGGACGGGCCACUGGGCGAGACCGUGCUGGAGUGCUACAACUGUGGGUGCCGCAACGUCUUCCUCCUGGGCUUCAUCCCUGCGAAGGCUGACUCGGUGGUGGUGCUGCUGUGCAGGCAGCCCUGUGCCAGCCAGAGCAGCCUGAAGGACAUCAACUGGGACAGCUCACAGUGGCAGCCCCUCAUCCAGGACCGGUGCUUCCUGUCAUGGCUGGUCAAGAUUCCGUCUGAGCAGGAGCAGCUGCGAGCACGGCAGAUCACGGCACAGCAGAUCAACAAGCUGGAGGAGCUGUGGAAGGAAAACCCUUCAGCCACCCUCGAGGACCUAGAGAAGCCAGGAGUGGACGAGGAGCCGCAGCACGUGCUCCUGCGCUAUGAGGAUGCUUACCAGUACCAGAACAUCUUUGGGCCGCUGGUCAAGCUGGAGGCUGACUAUGACAAGAAGCUGAAGGAGUCACAGACUCAAGAUAACAUCACGGUCAGGUGGGACCUGGGCCUUAACAAGAAGAGAAUCGCCUUCUUCACUUUGCCCAAGACUGACUCUGAUAUGCGGCUCAUGCAGGGGGAUGAGAUCUGUCUGCGGUACAAAGGGGACCUGGCCCCCCUCUGGAAGGGCAUUGGCCACGUCAUCAAGGUCCCCGACAAUUAUGGCGAUGAGAUUGCCAUCGAGCUCCGCAGCAGUGUGGGGGCCCCCGUGGAAGUGACCCACAACUUCCAGGUGGACUUUGUGUGGAAGUCGACCUCCUUUGAUAGGAUGCAGAGUGCGCUGAAGACCUUUGCUGUGGACGAGACCUCUGUGUCAGGGUACAUCUACCACAAGCUGCUGGGCCACGAGGUGGAGGAUGUGGUCAUCAAGUGCCAGCUGCCAAAGCGCUUCACGGCUCAGGGGCUCCCUGACCUCAACCACUCUCAGGUGUAUGCUGUGAAGACCGUGCUGCAGCGACCACUCAGCCUCAUCCAGGGCCCUCCAGGCACGGGCAAGACUGUCACGUCAGCCACUAUUGUGUACCACCUUGCUCGGCAGGGCAAUGGGCCUGUGCUUGUCUGUGCCCCAAGUAACAUCGCCGUCGACCAGCUCACAGAGAAGAUUCACCAGACAGGGCUGAAGGUGGUACGCCUCUGCGCCAAGAGCCGCGAGGCCAUUGACUCCCCAGUGUCCUUCCUGGCCCUGCACAACCAGAUCAGGAACAUGGACAGCAUGCCCGAGCUGCAGAAGCUGCAGCAGCUGAAGGACGAGACGGGCGAACUGUCAUCUGCAGACGAGAAGCGGUACCGGGCGCUCAAGCGCACUGCUGAGAGAGAACUGCUCAUGAAUGCAGAUGUCAUCUGCUGCACGUGUGUGGGCGCUGGUGACCCGAGGCUGGCCAAGAUGCAAUUUCGUUCCAUCCUCAUUGACGAGAGCACCCAGGCCACUGAGCCUGAGUGCAUGGUGCCUGUGGUCCUCGGGGCCAAGCAGCUGAUCCUCGUGGGUGACCAUUGCCAGCUGGGUCCAGUGGUGAUGUGCAAGAAGGCAGCCAAGGCUGGGCUGUCACAGUCGCUCUUCGAGCGCUUGGUGGUGCUGGGCAUCCGGCCCAUCCGCCUGCAGGUGCAGUACCGCAUGCACCCGGCUCUCAGCGCCUUCCCCUCCAACAUCUUCUACGAGGGCUCCUUGCAGAACGGUGUCACUGCAGCUGAUCGUGUCAAGAAGGGCUUUGACUUCCAGUGGCCACAGCCUGACAAGCCCAUGUUCUUCUACGUGACACAGGGCCAGGAGGAGAUUGCCAGCUCUGGGACGUCCUACCUCAACAGGACGGAGGCAGCCAACGUGGAGAAGAUAACUACGAAGCUGCUGAAGGCAGGUGCGAAGCCCGACCAGAUUGGCAUCAUCACGCCCUACGAGGGUCAGCGCUCCUACCUGGUGCAGUACAUGCAGUUCAGUGGCUCCCUGCACACCAAGCUCUACCAGGAAGUGGAGAUCGCCAGUGUGGACGCCUUCCAGGGCCGGGAGAAGGACUUCAUCAUCCUGUCCUGCGUGCGUGCCAACGAGCACCAGGGUAUCGGCUUCCUCAAUGACCCCCGGCGUCUCAAUGUGGCUCUCACCAGAGCGAGAUACGGCGUCAUCAUUGUGGGUAACCCAAAGGCGCUGUCAAAGCAGCCUCUGUGGAACCACCUGCUGAGCUACUACAAGGAGCAGAAGGCGCUGGUGGAAGGGCCGCUCAACAACCUGCGUGAGAGCCUCAUGCAGUUCAGCAAGCCCCGGAAGCUCGUCAACACCGUCAACCCGGGGGCCCGCUUCAUGACUACAGCCAUGUAUGAUGCUCGUGAGGCCAUCAUCCCCGGAUCUGUCUACGACCGCAGCAGCCAGGGCCGGCCCUCGAACAUGUACUUCCAGACUCACGACCAGAUUGGCAUGAUCAGCGCAGGCCCCAGCCACGUGGCGGCCAUGAACAUCCCCAUCCCCUUCAACUUGGUCAUGCCUCCCAUGCCACCACCUGGGUACUUCGGACAGGCCAAUGGGCCGGCUGCUGGCCGGGGCACCCCAAAAAGCAAGACUGGCCGUGGGGGCCGCCAGAAGAACCGCUUUGGGCUUCCUGGGCCCAGCCAGGCCACCCUUCCCAACAGCCAGGCCAGCCAGGACGUUGCCUCACAGCCCUUUUCUCAGGGCGCCCUCACGCAGGGCUAUGUGUCCAUGAGCCAGCCCUCCCAGAUGAGCCAGCCCGGGCUCUCCCAGCCAGAACUGUCUCAGGACAGCUACCUCGGUGAUGAGUUUAAAUCACAGAUUGACGUGGCACUCUCACAAGACUCCACGUACCAGGGAGAGCGGGCGUACCAGCACGGCGGGGUCACCGGGCUGUCCCAGUACUAGAAGGUGGCGGCGGAAGAGCUAAGCUAUGUGGCUUAGUCUAUCAGCAUCUUAUUCUGGGUAAUAAAAAAUAAAAAUAAAUGGAUACCUGUUUUCCACUGCUAAAACUGAAGCACCACUGUGUGAGCAGCCGAGGAGAGGAGAGGAG